GGAGAGCGCAAUGAACAGUACCGCAAUACCGUGAAGGAUCUUCUUUUACCGAAUACCGUUAACCAAAAGGAUGAAAUACCGCAUACCGCGAGGCUAAAUGAUACCGCAAUACCCCACUUUAAAAUCCAAAUUACCGAAAUACCGCUUGAAAAAAAAGCUCAAUACCGUAAGCCCCCAUUUCCCGCUCCAUGCUGUUGAAGAGGUGAUAGAAUAUUUGGGCUUAAAACAUCCAAUUAUAAUUGAUGUUUACAGUCUUUGUCAUAAUUAUCACAGCAACAAACUUUCAUCUUUCAAUGUUAGUGUUGAAAGACAUGUGCAGGUAUUUCGAAAUACCUUACAAAUCUACAGAUCUAAAAAGAGACCUUUUAGCCAAGGUUUCAGUGUAAAGCCGUGAAUGUGACUGAGUGCAGCAAAAAAUAAUUUCAUACUGUAACUUUCCUGCGCAAGAGUUUGAGUGCGUGGUAUGCUGUCCAAUGUAAUGUGACAAGUUGUGCGUAGUGCAUUGGGUUAUUAUCUAAAUAUCAUAAAUAUUAUUGUGGAAACAAAUUAUGAAGCAUAUUAUAAAAUGAAGUUGCAAAAUGAGUGAGGCACUUUCAUCGAUUUCAAAGUCCUACCGGUCUCCUAUCUUUUUUUAUGAUGUCCUCCCCAAUAUUUGGGUGACCCUAUUCGGCGGAAUGGCGGAAUACAUGGAAUCAGUUGUAAAAUACGGAAUCUACGUAAUACUCUAAAACACGGAAUUUACAGAAUAUUCUGUAUUUGAACUGGACUGACGAAAAAGCAGAGGCAAAGAAUACUCUGUUGUUUUGAAAUAUUAAAAAUUCAAUUUUCGUACUGCCGUAAGCCACACUAUAGACCUUAUGACGGUUUUGAAAGCCAUCUUGACGGGUGAAGGGUCCGGUAUCACGGGAAUCUAAUGUCGGAUAAUUUUCAUAAAACGGCUGUUCUAAAAAAAAAAGAAUUGUAAACUUAAGCUUGACAGGCUUGUACAACCAACUAAUGGGGGCCGCACCUGUGCAUAAAUUUGUCCGGUCGCUUGCUGUAGAUUUUCCAGACAUUUGUCCGCAAUUUUUCCUGGGAAAUUUUAUUCGGCAAGAAGGAAAAAAAAUUACACACAACACUGUAUAUUUUCACGUGGUUGCUUACCCGUCAAGACGGCCUCCAAAACCGUGAUUCGAUUUAGCGCCCUCCUUCCAAUAAGCGCUCCCUUCAAAUGUGUUUUGUUAAUAAGCGCCCCCAUUCUAAUAUUAUAGAAGAGUACGGGUACGUAUCAACCGAGGUUCAUCUCCAUUUAAUAGCUCACAAACGAACGGUAUUUCCACAUUAUAAAAACAGUGGUCUUAUAUCCAUGUGAGUGCAUAAAGUCUUCAAAGGAAUGAUCUCUUCUUCAAAUUUUGUGGCGAUUGCUCGGCUGGUCGUUCUGGCGAGGAAGGAUCCAGGGACAACAAGUCCGUUUUCCAGUCUCCUUGAUCCAUUACCUUAAUCGACUUGCACUUUGUUCUCACUGCGAGCUUUUUUAAGAAAGGUGAAUAUAAGGAAGGAACUGUUCCAUCGACAAAGUGCCCAACAAGUUUCAAGGUAAGUCCCUCGCGUUAACUGAGCAUUCAUCGUCAGUAUUUGUUACUGCUACAGUUUCAAAUAUUGUUCGUUUUUAAAUAAAUAUCAAAGUUCGUUUUUUUAACAUUUGGUUGUUUCUCAAAAAAGAAAUAAGCGCCGUGUCCCGAAUAAGCGUCCUCCCUAGAGGCACCAAAAGUAAAUAAGCGCCUGGGCGCUAAAUCGAAUCAUUAUGGUAAGUCAAUUCUUUUACUUGUCACGCGCUUAAAACAUGGUUCGAGUUAAUGAGGGUAAAAUUAUAUAGAAAUAAUCUGAAGAGAAACAAAAAUUAGUAUUACUUCGAGUUAGCAAGAGGUUCGAAUCAGUAGCGAGGGUUCGAAUUAUUGGAGUCGACUGUAUACAUGUAUACCCUUUUUAAACGAUUUACCUCUUAUUCUGCGUUUUAGAGUAUUCCGUAUAUUCCAUAUUUUAGAAUAUUCCGUGUAUUCCAUCUUUCCGGUAAUAUUAAAUGUCGAAAGAAUUGUAAAUCUUGUAUUUAACUAGAUAUAACUGGCUGCUAGUAUACAAUCACCGUUCGUUCAUUGCUCCUGUCGUUUUUUAGGUAGUCGAACUGUACUUUCCUUUAACUUUUGUUGUUGUUAGCUUGUGUUAUAGUAGAAAAAUGAUAUCAAGGCAGAAGAUUGUUCCAUUACGGUAGUAAAAUGGUAUGAAGGUAGAAAAUGCCACAUCACGGCAGUAAAAAGUUAUCAAGGUAGAAAAUGUUCCAUCACGAUAGUAAAAUGCAGUGGCGGAUCCAGGGGAGGGGCCCGGGGGGCCCUGCCCCACCUUAUUUUUAGACCAGAAGGUAGAACAGAAAGGUUGUAGAAGGUAAAAAGUUUUCGAAAAGACGGCGACAUGAUGUUUUAGUUUUAAUAUUUUGACUGGGCGCGCUCGAAUUAAAAUACUGAAAUAUCUAUUUGUCUGUUGCCUUAAUAUUUUCCUCGGCAAUUUUCCCCGAUUUUCAGUACUUAAAUCUUUCAAAAUCUUGGAGAAAUAUAUCGCAAACUUUUUCAAAGGAUAUAUAAAUUAUCUUAGAACAAACCAAACGAGUUCUCAAGUGCGUUUAAUGUAGCUGAUUUAGUCCCGUGCGUACACUUGCAUUUUGCGAAAUUACUAGAGAAACAAACUUCUAAAAUAUAUAUAUUUUUUAAACAUCCAGGUAAAUAUUAUCUGCCACUUUGGAAAAACGAACAGACACUUCUACAACUGCAUGCUCAACUGACGUAUAUUUGUAUAAACAAAACGAAAAACAAUAUUACAAGCACACUUUGUAGUUUUCCUUAGUUGUGUUGUUGUUUUACUGCAGGUCUAAAAACCUGGCUCGCUAAAUUUAUUAAUCGAACUUAACAUACAGCAAACAGCGAAACGAGCGAGGACACCAGUUUUCCUGGUUUGUUUUUACAAAAAGCGAAGGCAAACAAGUCUGUUACCUUUAAUUGACACUAGCGCCACCAGCUUUUAUGAUAAUGCAUACAAGAAUUCCUUGAACAGCGAUUCGAUGUUUUCGUUUUUAAAAUAUAAUACUUCACAGUUGGCGACUGAGGUUUCUUUCGCAAUGAGCCUCCGCUUGUGUACCCCGUUCAGAAAAGUCAUUUCCGGCUAAACUUUUAAAUGAAACCACUUUAAGAUGGACAGUAUUUUGAUCUGCACUAGUUUGUUGGUAAAUCAAAAAGCACCUUGUUAGCGGUCAACAACUUUCAACAGAGGGAUUCAACUCCGCGAUACACUCACAUUAGUUCCGUAAAUAAAGCUAAUCCAGAGAAGACAUGAACAGCCUAUGAAUUUUCUGAAUUUUCGUGGUACGUAUUUUAAAAGGCAUAUUUUCCUACCAUAAGACCAUAAAACAAUAAAAAAAGGCAGCAAAAUCGACCUCUCUCAGAUCAUUCACGAAAACAACCACGUAAGGAAUAAUCGCUUUCAACUUCCAGCGUUUCCGACAGCCAAUCAGAUCUUGUGGCAUUGUUCUAACAGCCAAUAAGCGUUACGGCCAAAAUCUGGCCUUAACGAGCGCAAACGUGAGAGAGUUUGUAUCACGCCCAAUUUUAGCGGUAGCCGUUACAGAGAAUGUAUGAGAACCGCUCAAAUUGGGCCUGAUCUCAGGUUACUUUCAUAUGAUUUGACUGUUGUUUUAAGUAUUUGUUGUAAUCAGUUAUCCCGGGUGUAUUUACUUGCGUUUAAGUGUUCCUGUUGUAAUAAAGACUGUCAGAUCCCAAAGCGUGUGUGCGUGGUGGUUUAUCAUGCCGGUAAGAAAAAAAAUCAAGGUAGAAAAUGUCACAUAACGGCAGUAAAAUGAUAUCAAGGUAGAAAAAGUUACAUCACGGCAGUAAAAUGAUAUCAAAGUAGAAAAUGUUCUCAUGAUAUCAAGGUUGAAAAAGUCACGUCACGGUAGUAAAAUGAUAUCAAGGUGAAAAAUAACAAAGGUUGGUUGAUUAUAUCACAGGAACAUUUCAUAGCAUAUGUUACACCACUUUUAACAUUACGUUAACAGAUAAUUUUGAAAUAAACGGCGCGCAUUCUGUGACCAACCAACUAAGGAGAUGCCUUUGAAGUUUGCCAAUCUGUCCGUAAUGCCCCAAUAAGGAGUGGCAUGAAAUGGUGAGUGGAGCGGGAAAAAACACGCGAUGGAGAAAGAGAUAGGAGAGAUUAUGUUUGAAAUUAGAUAUUAUAUCAGCUUUUAAAGCUGGUCAACCGCGUGAUAAAAAACAACUGUAUUGCAGAGCAAAGGGUGCGUCGUUUAUUCUUUUACACUUUUUCCUUCAGGUGUUUUUCUACAAAGUAAACUAUGUUACGGGAUGCGUUAGUCUUGGUGAAGAGUACUCUGACCACAUCUGGGUUACGACAGAGGAGAUGAGGGAUUUGGUCGACCAGAAAUACUACAAUAUUCUUAAAAGAUUUCUUUCUUGA